AUGCUGCUCAAACUGCUGCUGGUCCUGAGUGUGUUCUUGGCAACUGACCCGAGGGGUCAGAUGGGGGUCACAGGUCAGAACAACGAGAGACGGGUCCUGGCACACAUCCCCGGUGACAUCAUCAUCGGAGCGCUGUUCUCUGUCCACCACCAACCACCUGCUGACAAGGUCCAUGAGCGGAAGUGUGGUGCGGUGCGGGAGCAAUAUGGGAUCCAGAGGGUGGAAGCCAUGAUGCACACUCUGGACCGAAUCAACGCAGACCCCAACAUCCUCCCGAACAUCACGCUCGGCUGUGAGAUCAGGGACUCCUGCUGGCACUCUGCAGUGGCUCUGGAGCAGAGCAUCGAGUUCAUCCGGGAUACACUGGUGUCCAACGAAGAAGAGGAAAGCCAGAGCAAGUGUACAGGACAAGAGGGGAGCAUGUUGCCACAGGGGAAAAAGCCCAUCGUGGGGCUGAUUGGACCGGGGUCCAGCUCUGUAGCCAUCCAGGUCCAAAAUCUCCUCCAGCUUUUCAACAUCCCACAGAUCGCUUAUUCCGCCACCAGCAUGGAUCUCAGCGACAAGAGUCUGUUUAAGUACUUUAUGAGAGUGGUGCCAUCAGAUGCCCAGCAGGCCAGAGCGAUGGUGGACAUCGUCAAGAGAUACAACUGGAGUUACGUAUCUGCAAUACACACGGAGGGUAAUUAUGGAGAGAGUGGGAUGGAAGCGUUCAAAGACAUGGCAGCGAAGGAAGGCAUCUGCAUCGCCCACUCGGAUAAGAUCUACAGCAACGCCGAGGAGCAGAGCUUCGACAAGCUGCUGGAGAAGCUGCGAGGCCACCUGCCCAAGGCCAGGGUGGUGGCCUGUUUCUGUGAGGGCAUGACCGUGCGGGGCAUAUUAAUGGCCAUGAGACGCCGACGCCUGGUCGGAGAGUUUCUCCUGGUGGGCAGUGACGGCUGGGCGGACAGAUAUGAUGUAACUGACGGUUACCAGAGGGAGGCAACUGGCGGCAUCACGAUCAAGCUGAAGUCUGCAUACGUGACCUGGUUUGAUGACUAUUACUUGAACCUAAAGCCUGAGGUCAACCUGAGGAACCCCUGGUUCCCUGAGUUCUGGCAGCAUCGCUUCCAGUGCAGGCUAACGGGUCACCUGCAGGAGAGCAGCAAGUACAACCGUACCUGCACCUGGAGAGAAUCUCUGCGCCACCAGUAUGCCCAAGACACCAAGAUGGGCUUUGUCAUCAAUGCCAUCUAUUCCAUGGCCUACGGUCUACAUGCCAUGCAGCAAGCCCUGUGCCCAGGGUAUGAGGGUUUAUGUGAUUCCAUGCGGCCGGUUGAUGGUCGCAAGCUGCUAGAUUUCCUGAUGAAAACCAACUUCACUGGUGUGUCUGGAGAGACCAUCCAUUUCGACCAGAAUGGAGAUUCCCCUGGAAGGUAUGAAAUCAUGAACUUCAAGCAUAUAGGCGACAAGUACAGUUACAUCCACGUGGGAAGCUGGGACCAGGGUGGCCUGAAGAUGGACGAUGACGAGAUCUGGACCGACAACAGUGGAAUCAUCCAGUCAGUCUGUUCAGAGCCCUGCCAGAAGGCACAGAUCAAGGUGAUCCGUAAGGGCGAGGUGAGCUGCUGCUGGACCUGUACCCCCUGUAAGGAGAACGAAUAUGUUUUCGACGAGUACACUUGUCGAGCCUGCGACCUGGGCGCUUGGCCAACAGACGACCUCACCGGUUGUGAGCCCAUCCCGGUGCAGUAUGUGCGAUGGGGGGACCCUGAGCCCAUUGCUGCAGUGGUCUUCGCCUGUCUGGGUCUCAUGGCCACCCUUUUUGUUACAUCUAUCUUCAUCAAGUUUUGGGACACUCCUGUCGUUAAGUCAUCCAGUCGUGAGUUGUGUUACAUCAUCCUGGCCGGAAUCUUUCUGGGCUACCUGUGUACUUUCAGCCUCAUUGCCAAGCCCCACGUUGUGUACUGCUACCUCCAACGACUGGGCAUCGGCCUGUCCCCCGCAAUGAGCUACUCCGCCCUGGUCACCAAGACCAACCGUAUAGCCCGGAUCCUGGCGGGCAGCAAGAAGAAAAUCUGCACCAAGAAACCCCGCUUCAUGUCGGCCUGCGCACAGCUGGUUAUCGCCUCCCUGCUCAUACUCUUGCAGCUGGGGAUUAUCGUGGCCCUUCUCAUUAUCGAGCCACCUCAGGUGAUCUAUGACUACCCGAGUAUCCGCGAGGUACACCUCAUCUGUAACCUGACCACCCUGGGCGUUGUGGCACCGCUGGGCUACAACGGCCUGCUCAUCCUCAGCUGCACCUUCUACGCCUUCAAGACUCGAAAUGUCCCCGCCAACUUUAACGAGGCCAAGUACAUCGCCUUCACCAUGUACACCACCUGCAUCAUCUGGCUGGCCUUUGUUCCUAUCUACUUUGGCUCCAACUACAAGAUCAUCACGAUGUCCUUUAGCGUUAGCCUCAGCGCUACCGUUGCACUUUGCUGCAUGUUUGCUCCUAAGGUGUACAUUAUGCUGGUCAAGCCGGAGAAGAACGUGCGCAGCGCUUUCACCACGUCCACGGUGGUGCGCAUGCAUGUGGGUGACGCCAAGAACGCCGCCAACGCUGCCAAAUCCUCGAGCAGCAUGUCCAACCUCUUCAGACGUCGUGGCUGCGGGCACGAUAACAUCAGCUCCAACGGCAAAUCGAUGACCUGGUCGCAGAACGAGCGCGGCUACAGACCGAACCUGUGGAAGAGGAUGUCCUUCCACGUAAAGAAAAAGGAAGUGGUGGAGGUCAACCAGACAGCCAUCAUCAAACCCUUCUCUAAAGGAGCAGACCCAAUUCCUGGUGCUGGCGACAAGGUGGAGUAUCGCGACGCACCAGCAAAUCAGCCCUAUCCUGCUAGCACCUACCUACCCUGCUCCUCCGCCCAGUCAACACUUCCCACUGUCAGCCAAAGUGGAGGGAAGACGAAAGAUUUCCGCGGGGAGGAUGGAGGGGCGACGCAGGCUCUACCUGCCCAUGUGCCCGAGCCACAGCGGGGUGAUUGUGUUGCCAUGGGUAGAAGGAGAACCGAUAGCGGUGGAGGGGUGGGUGUGGGAGACUGUGGUGUAAUGACUAGCCAGCCUCAGAGGACCACCAUCAUGGAUCAAAUCAGCUGCGUGGUUAACCGUUUCACUGCCAACAUCAGUGAGCUUAACACCAUGAUGCUGCCGGAGUCACCGACGGAGGGAGCCACAGUUAUCCCCACCUCUGGCCAAAUCUCCCUGCCCCCAGCCUCAAAUGGCAACCCCUGCCCACCUCCUUACCAAAUGCCCCGGGGCAGGCAGGGAGCCUCCGCCGUAACCACGUAUGCUGACGUUGCAUUGGUCUCCGCCUCCUGUGAGAAUCGACCAAUAGGCGGGGUUUACGAGUGCGUGGGAGGAGCUUAUGGGAACGGCAGAAGAUCCAGGGACGUGGACGAGAUGGUCGCUCUGACGCCUCCUUCCCCAUUCAGAGACUCGUCCGUGGGCUCCGGCAGCGACUCGCCCCCGUCCCCGUCUCUGGUCUCUGAGGCCGAAUACGACCAGCUGCUGCUGAGACACUACAGUCAGAGCUCCUCCUCCCUCUGAACACGCUACCCACUCCUUUCCCUCCUUGACCUUUGGUUUUUGUUUUCAGCUUCUUUUUCAGCUUGUCCGAGUCGAGACGAUAAAGGCCGCGCUUCAGACCGGACCAACUGCCGAACGCCUCCGUUCACAGUGGACACCACGAAUGUCCAAGUUGUUGGGUUGUUGUUUUUACCUUGAUGGGAUCGUCCCUGUUGAUCAUAAUGGAUGAGCGAAGACACGGACACAUGCUUCCACUAAAACCGACUGGGCGG